CAUAUAACCAUGCGAGCUGUCGUUUUGUCACCUUUCGGUUGCUUGUAAAUGGUGAAGCUAAUUUCUCUUCAAACUGCUCGUUGUUGAGCCAAUAGAUGGCUAGCCCGCAGCAGCACGACAACAAUCCUGAUCCAACCGGCACCAUCCUGUCAAUCUGUUGGAGCUCCGGAGAGUUUUCCGGUUGCUACUACGACUUGGAUCAAGCAGAACUUUACGCGGUUCAGCAAGCUCCUGACGCCGAACCCCAGUACGCCCAAGCCCGGAACCUGAUUCGACAAUGCAACCCACUUUUCACGCUUGUUUCCGGUUCCAGUAAAUUUACCAGUGAAGCUUCGGAACUACUUGGUCUUUCAGGUGAUACUCCGCUGCAACGGAUUGGAUCCGGUAAAUUGGAAAGCUGGGAAAAGGCACGGGUAUGUGAUUUUGGCCCUAAGGCGUUGCAAACGAGUGUGGCUAAGGUCAUGUCGCUGAAUUUGCCAGGGCUUCCAGCAGAAGCUUCGACCGCUGAGAGAAAAUUUUUCCUGGAGAGUGUGAUUCCGUUCUCCCAAGAACUUUUGGUUCAUUCGAUUGGAUGUAUGCUAACACUGUUGGGGUUGAUUUUACCGGAACAAGCAGGAACGUUGAUAACGAAGAUUAACAUUGUUGCACCGGAAUCGCUGCUGAUCGUGGAUAAGUUUACGUACGAGGCAUUGCAAUUAUUUGAUUCGCAACUGCAUCCUUCCGGAUUUAAGUUUAACAUGGAAUCGAACUCGCGUUCACUGUUUAAUUUGUACAAUCGAUGUUGUUCGCACUUGGGCAAACGUAAGUUGGUUAAUAUCAUGCAGCAACCGAGUCGAGAUUUGGAAGAGCUCAACCGACGUCUGGAAACCGUUCAGUGGCUGAGCGAUCCUCUCAACAAAACUACAGUCGAGGAAAUGCGAAAAUAUCUGAGAAAUGUCACACAAGUAUGGUGUCAGUAUAGGAAAAUCUGUCGGAAAAAUUCGGACAUUAGUGUUUGGAAGUCUUUUAAAAAAAAUAUUUACUAUGCUUAUUUGUUGUGUAAGCUCUGUUUGGGUGCACAAAAUAGCUCACUUCAAGGAACUCCAAUUGGUGAUCUUGCCGGAUAUGUAGCGGAGUCUGAUGGCCCUCUUAAACGAUUGCUGUAUACAUUGGACAAAGUGAUUGAUUUAGAACGGGUUGAAAUUUCUGGUAAAAUUUCCUUUAAGGAUGGACUCGAUCAAGAGUUGGAUCAACUGAGAAUCAACUUCGAUGACGUCGGUUCAAAACUUUUGGAAACUUCUCGCCUUGACAUUGAGAGUAUUUCAAUGGAUAUCGAAGAUUUGUUAGUGGCUUUUCUGCCAAGCUACGGAUUUGUAUUCUGUGCUAACGACUUUGAAGAUCUGCACGACUCUAAUGUUUUCGAGAGAUCGGCUAUGACCCUAGUGCUUCGGACAGAAAACACAGUUUACUUUCAAAAUGAGCUCUGCAAAGAGUUGAACGUGGAGUUCAGUACUUUGAUGGCAGGAAUCAACGAACGUGAGAAUGGAAUUCUUGAAAAUUUGAUAGUUUUUAUUAAUGAAAUAAUGCCUCAAAUUGGUGACAUUUUUAAAAUUGUUGCCAAGUUAGACGUGUUGAUGGCGUUUGCCUCUGUUGCCGAAAGCCAAGUUUACCGGAGGCCAACUUUGAGUAGUGAUAAGGUUCUGCAUAUUAGAAAAGGUAGACAUCCACUGUUAGAACGUUUGAAAACAUAUCAUCCAAAUGACACCGAAAUGGGAAGUGCGUUUGAUUGCCUAUUGAAGAUUUACAGCUCUCCGGAAACUACUGGGAAGACCGUCUACCUCAAAGAGGUAGCCAUUAUCUGUUACUUGGCUCACAUCGGAUCAUUUGUUCCGGCAGAAUCGGCUCACAUCGGAAUUCUGGACUGCAUCUACACUCGGCUGGACUUUCCAGAAUCAAUCUUAAAUGAAAAAUCCUCCUUCAUGAGUGAACUGUAUCAAAUGUCCACUAUUCUGAUGAACACCAGCUCAAAGUCGCUAGUGAUAAUCGACGAAUUUGGAAAAGGAACGACCUUCUGCGAAGGAAAGGCACUUCUUAUUGCCAGCAUUGAAUAUUUGGCAGAAAAAUCUGAAAAUGCUCCCCUAACGCUGGUAGCUACUCAAUUCGAGCCUAUAUCCAGCUUUCUAAAAGAAACCCAAUUUCUCAAGUUUACCACAGUUGAACGACCCGUUCCAAGUCCAGCAAAAAGUCCGUCAACUCAAACUGACCAUGGUCAACAAAGUCAACAAAUGGUCUUCAAAACCGUAACGCAAACUAUGACACUGGCCUUGGUCAAAAAGUUUCUCGCCUCCGAGAGCAUCGAUCCGGACGCUAUUUGGGAGCUAUAUCGAAACGUUCCCAUCACGCAACCACCAGUGGUGUGAAAAAUGUAAUUUGUAACGAUUUUUGUGUAAAUUGCCGAAAGCCUUGUAGGACAACCCACCCUGGGUUUUACAUGAACAUACACGUUUUCACAUAUCUAAAGAACAAAAAACCAAAUCCUAACCAGAGUAACCUCGAAGAGAUAUUCAAAAAAAUCGGUCCAUCACUUAUUUAUCUUUCAUUAUCGACAGUUUGAUUGCCGCCUGGAUUAUUAAUCGAGUCUCGGGUUGACGAGAUUUGUUCUGGCCGGACCACCCCCUCCCCCGAGUGACCAUGAAAACAUUUAUCGAGUUCUCACGCUUAGCGAACCGGCAUCGGGCGCUUUGCCGGCCGGUUCGUCACCAUCCUUACGGAAGGUCCUUUCGGUGAUGAAUCAACACGCCAAGUAGUAGAACCAAUUCUGUGGUCUCCUAAAUCAAUAACAAACAAUCCUAAUGACUGACGACGCUUUUGACUGGAACCGUGAAUUGUUCCAUUGGCACCUAUUCGAUGUGUGUUCCGAAUCCGGUUCCGGUCAAUAAAAACACCAUCAAUUGAGGAAAAUGCUAGACUGUGAAGGGUUUAUAAAAUAUGCAAUCGUAUUGGGAGGCAGAACAUUGACUUAAGAUUGAAAUUUGCUUUUAUAUUAUUUUCCCUUUGUUGAAAAAAUUCCCGAAUACAA